AUGACUGUCAACAAACGCACAAAGCAGUGGUGGAAGCAGGCCACUAUCUACCAAAUCUACCCUGCAUCCUUCUGCGACUCCAAUGGCGAUGGCAUGGGAGAUCUUCAAGGCAUCAUAUCCAAGUUGGACUAUAUUUCCAGCUUAGGUGUUGAUGUUAUUUGGGUCUGUCCUAUGUAUGACUCACCACAAGUUGACAUGGGCUAUGACAUCUCUAACUAUGAAGAUGUCUAUGGUCCCUACGGUACUCUCCAAGAUAUGGAAGAGUUAAUCCGCAAGACUCAUGAAAAGGGCAUGAAGAUCAUGCUUGAUCUUGUUAUCAACCAUACUUCUGACAAGCAUGCCUGGUUUGAGGAGUCAAGACUUAGCAAGGAUAGCCCCAAGCGUGAUUGGUACAUCUGGCGACCUGCCAAGUACUCAGAUGAUGGUCAACGUCUCCCUCCAAACAACUGGCGCUCCAACUUUGGAAAGGGCAGUGUCUGGGAAUGGGAUGAGGCAACAAGGGAGUAUUAUCUUCAUCUCUUUGCUAAGGAGCAACCCGAUCUCAACUGGGAGAACCCAGAGACCAGAAGGGCCAUCUAUGCUUCCUCUAUGGAAUUUUGGCUUGACAGAGGUGUCGAUGGCUUCCGUGUUGAUACUGUCAACAUGUAUUCCAAGAUCCAGGACUUCCCGGAUGCGCCUAUCGUCGACCCCAAAGCUGAGUACCAACCUGCUGGACUCCUCUACUGUAACGGCCCUCGGAUGCACGAGUUUCUCAGCGAGAUGAGCGAGGUUCUUGAACGAUACGAUGCUAUCACUGUUGGUGAACUGCCCCAUACACCAGACUUAGAGCGCGUCUUGCGAUACGUUAGCGCCAAGGAGAAGCAGCUCAACAUGGUGUUCCAAUUCGAUGUCGUCGAUGUCGGUUUCGGAAAGACUCAUAAAUAUGAGACUACACCCAAAAACUACACUCUUCCUCAACUUAAGGACGCUUUCGGUCGAACACAGAGCUUGAUUCAUGGAACAGAUGCUUGGACAACUGUAUUUAUGGAGAAUCAUGAUCAAGCUCGUUCUGUGUCACGCUUUACAAACGAUAGCCCUCAGUACAGAGUUGCAGGAGCCAAGCUCUUGGCUUUGCUACAGUCUUGCUUGAGUGGUACACAGUAUGUCUACCAAGGUCAAGAAAUCGGAUCAGUCAACGCACCAAAGGAGAGCUACCCUCUGGAGAACUACGUCGAUAUUGAGAGCUAUCAGUUCCUCGACAUUGUCAAGGAGCGAUCCAACAACGAUGAGCAAGAAAUCGACAAGGCCUUCAACGCUCUACAGCACUUGGCUCGGGAUCAUGCGCGUAUCCCCAUUUGUUGGAGCGAUGGAAAGCACGGAGGAUUCUCAGAAGCAGCUGAAAAGGCUGGACUACCUAUCAAAGCUCCUUGGAUGCAAGCUCACCCUCUAUCCCGAGAAGUCAAUGUCGCGUCUCAACUAGACGAUCCACAGAGUGUCCUAUCUUUCUGGAAGAAAGCCAUUGCCUUCCGAAAGGAGUUUCCCGAUCUUACUGUGUACGGAGAUUACAAGGUCAUUCGUCAGGAUGACUCUGAUAUUUAUGCUUUUGUGAAGGAGUCUCCUGCAGAUGGAUCCAAGGUUGCUGUCGUUCUUAACUUUACUACCGAAGACAAGACCUGGAGUGCUCCAACUUCUGAAGAGUUGGGAGUUACUAGUGGAAAGGAUGUAAAGCUUGUUCCGAUAAUGUCUACUCACACUGGAAAGGAAAAGACAGCUGUUCUGUCGCCAUUUGAGGGACGAGUCUAUUUGGUCACAUAG